AUGCGCGGCCAAUGGCUGCUAUCACUGGCGUUGAGCGCCGGUGCAGCUCAGGCUCUUCGCUAUGACGAGAGAUAUGUCGACUGGAACCUGAAUAUGAACCAGGAAGCGGUCAACCCAUUGGAAUACUUCACCAUCUACGAGAAUCACACAUACCAUCCUUCUCCAGAUAAUUGGCGGUUCCCCUUCUACAGUUUCUUCAUGGACCGAUUCGUGAACGGAGAUCCGAGCAAUGAUAACAUUAACAACGAUAUANNGGACCACACCUACUUGGACGCACACUUCGGUACUGUCGCUCAAUGGAGAGAAUUGAUCAACGACAUCCAUUCACGCGGCAUGUACGUCCUCCUUGACAACACCAUGGCAACCAUGAGCGACGUCAUCGCUUUUGAAGGGUAUUUGAACAGCAGUGCACCUUGGUCGUUCACAGAACACAAGGCUGUAUAUAAGUCGGCAGAACGCUACUCAGAUUGGGAAUUCAACAACGAAUGGCAUGAUGAGUGCCCAUACGACUAUCCUCGGUUCUGGGACCAAGGCGGCGCCCGAAUCCAGGAUAAUAACACUUCAAAGAUGGUUGGUUGCAUGGACAGCGAAUUCGACCAAUACGGCGAUGUUGGUGCCUUUGGACAGUACGAUGAGUGGCAGAAGCAAAUGUCCAAAUUUAACGGUGUCCAAGAUCGUCUUCGCGAUUGGCGUCCCUCGGUUCAGACCAAGCUUCAGCACUUCAUGUGUAUGAUGCUAGAAGCUCUCGACUUCGAUGGUUUUCGUAUCGACAAAGCCAUGCAGGUCACUGUUGACGGACAAGGCAACUUUUCACACGCGAUGAGAGAGUGUGCAUCGAGUUUGGGAAAAUACAACUUCUUUAUUCCAGGCGAGAUCGUCAACGGCAACGGUAAAUCGAGUUGGACCGGAUUUCUCCAAACUCUGCUAACAAGAAUCCANGCCAACGGUGCAAUCUAUUUGGGACGAGGCAAAGAACCAGGAAUGGCUGUUGAAAACAUCACCGAAGCUGCAACUACAAACUCGACUUACAUCCGUGAUGACCAACAUCAAGCUCUGGACGCUGGCGCUUUCCACUACACCAUCUACCGCGGGCUGAUGAGAUUCCUCGGACUCGAUGGUAACCUACUCGCGGCAGGUGAUGCGAGUGUGAACUUUGUAGACGCAUGGCAUACUAUGAUUCAGACCAACGAUUUUGUGAACGCUAACAAUGGCAAGUUCGACCCUCGCCAUAUGUAUGGUGUCUCAAAUCAGGAUGUUCUGAGAUGGCCUGGUCUUAUCAACGGUACUGAAAGACAGGUCUUGGGAUCUUUUGUCAACACCCUCCUGGUUCCUGGUAUCUCUAUGGUUUCCUGGGGUGAAGAGCAACUCUUCUAUGUCCUCGACAACACCGCCGCCAACUACAUCUACGGCAGACAAGCUAUGAGCUCGGCACAAGCCUGGCAAAUGCAUGGUUGCUACAAAGUCGGUGACGAGAAUUUGAGCAACUUCCCUGUCAACAGUUCGCUUGUUGGUUGCCAAGAUGACGCCGUGUCGUUGGAUCACCGUGACCCAACCCACCCCAUGUACAACUACCUCAAGUCAGGACACGAGAUGAGACGAAGAUACCCCGUGCUCAACGAUGGCUUCGAUGUUCGUCAACUGUCUAACCAGACUUUCGAGUACUAUCUGAAUGGAUCCUUCGGAGUCCCAACCGAAACAGGUAUCUGGAGUGUCUAUCGCGGAGAGCUGGAAGGUGCACAAGAUCUCUCAGACGCUGGCGGUCAUGGAAAUCAGCCUGUCUGGCUAGUUUACAGCAACUACAACGGAUCCAGAAACUACACGUUCGACUGCAGUAGUACCGACGGACUUGCUAUCAUCUCNCCCUACGACGCCGGUACCACCGUCAAGAACCUGUACUAUCCUUUCGACGAGAGAACUCUCGAGCCCUCCAUGGAGAAGCUCAACUUCAAUGGAUCCACCGAAUACAACGGUUGUUUGCCUUGGCUUAACAUGACCAAGUAUGGUUAUGCAGCCUUUGUUCCCAAGGACGUCUGGGAGGCCCCAUCUCCUUCGCUGACAAAAAUGAUACUCAACGAUACCUUCAUCGGCCACGACUCGCGAAUCCUAGUGAGCAACGAAGACAAGGAAACCUUGACACUGGAACUUCGCUUCUCAGGAGAGAUGGAUUGUGACUCUGUCCGUCAGUCGAUCAACAUCACAUCUACUACUGGUGAUGGAUCGGUAGCGGUCAUUGACACCAAUAGUGUUGAUUGUCUGACCACAGAACUUCUGGAUGAACCUCUCUUCUACGGCGCUGUACCCUCCUUCUGGAGAUUCCGCACGAACAUUACAAAUGUCGCUAACGGUAUUCACACAAUCACAGUCAACAACGCCACUUCUGCUAGCAAGAAUAGCUUCACUGGCUCUAAGGACCACCUGAUGUUCCGAGUUGGUCAGAUCGACAAUCCAAUGGUCUUCCCUUUCAGGGCAAACUACAGCUCGACACUCCUUUUUAGCAGCAACGGUUUGACAAAACGUGCAUCCGAGACAUCUGGUACCCAGGAAGAUGCUUUCUACGUCCAGCACAAGGCCCCUGGUGCCGACAAGUGGAGAUACUCUCUGACCUGGGGUGCAGUAUGGUCUGACUGGAUGGACUACCAAAGCGGCAACAGCACGCUCGACAAGCAAAGCUGGGCAGGCACGAAGAGACAGAAGUGGACUGGUGACCAUGUCAAGGUUCAGUACUGGUCCAAGGCAACAGGCAGUAGCGAUCAUCUUCAAGAAGGCGAUGUUUAUGGAUCCUCAGAGCAUAUGCGUCGCUUCCCCCAUUUCUUCGUCCAUGGUUCAUUCAACGAGUAUGGUUAUGACUCUGGUCUGGACAACAAGAUGAAGCUCGUUGGCAACAGCACUUGGGAGUACGACUUCAUGACGGAGUGGCCAUCUCAAUUUCAGUUAAAUGUGUGGGGAAUGACUGAAUAUGGCACUCCAGAUGUUUCUGCCGCCUUUGGUGAUAUCGACAACGACACAGUACUGGACAGAAUUGGCCCAACAUCACUUGAAAUGUCGGUCGUCAACAUUACCGAUCACGGACCCGAGUCUCCUUUCCUGGCAUGGCGCAUCCACUUCAGUGAUGCCUCUUUCCGUUACGUUCUCAUCCCUGUCGGCAACCGCUGGAGGCAGUUGGCUCUAUUCAUCAUGCUAGCAAUCAUUCCCCCAAUCUCGGCUCUUGUUGGUAUCUCGGCUUACCGCAAAGCCUUCUAUGGAGUGAAAUUCAACCAAAUCGGCCUGGCAGAUCCCAAGUCUCUCAUUCCUGUUGCUAUCAGAAACAAGUUUAGCAANAGAGAAGUGCUGAACGAGAAGGAUGCAGCUAUCUCGUCUAGCUCCGAAACUGUUGGUGAUAUCGUCGUGGACAACGGCGGCAUCAUCACAGCCGGCGCCAUGGUCAAGCGCAGGACUGUUCUGAUCGGCACAAUGGAGUAUGAUAUUUCAGACUGGAACAUCAAGAUCAAGAUUGGAGGUCUCGGAGUUAUGGCCCAGCUUAUGGGCAAGAACCUCCAGCAUCAGGAUCUUAUCUGGGUGGUGCCUUGCGUUGGUGGAAUAGACUACCCUGUUGAUACUCCUGGCGAGCCGGUUGAUGUUACCAUCCUUGGCAAGGUCUAUGAGGUCCAGGUUCAGUACCACAAGCUCGAGAACAUUACCUACAUGCUUCUCGACGCGCCAGUCUUCAGAAAGCAAUCAGCAAAAGAACCCUACCCUGCUCGCAUGGACGAUCUCGACUCUGCUAUCUACUACUCUGCCUGGAAUCAGUGUAUCGCCGAGGCUUGUCGUCGUUUCCCCAUCGAUCUCUACCACAUCAACGACUACCACGGCACCAUUGCACCACUGUACCUCCUUCCUCAGACUAUUCCUGUCUGCUUGUCGCUCCAUAACGCCGAGUUCCAAGGCCUUUGGCCAAUGAGAAACGCAAAGGAGAGAGCUGAGGUUUGCUCUGUCUACAACCUCUCAGAGUCUGUCGUUGCCAAGUACGUACAGUUUGGUGAAAUUUUCAAUCUCCUGCAUGCUGGUGCGAGCAUUCUUCGUAUUCACCAAAAGGGCUUUGGAGCUGUUGGUGUCAGUAAGAAGUAUGGCAAGCGCUCUUGGGCACGUUACCCAAUCUUCUGGGGGCUCAGCAACAUCGGUGCCUUGCCUAACCCUGACCCUUCAGAUGUCGCGGCAUGGGACAAGAAGCUGGCCAAUCCCAAGGAUGCUGUAAUCGAUGAGGUCUAUGAAUCUACCAGAGCUGGUCUGAGACGCCAAGCUCAGGAGUGGGCGGGACUUGAAGUCAAGCCUGAUGCUGAUUUGUUCGUCUUCGUCGGUCGCUGGAGUAUGCANAAGGGUAUUGAUUUGAUCGCUGAUGUCUUCCCUGCCAUCCUUGAGAAGAACCCGAACGUCCAGCUACUCUGCGUUGGCCCCUGUAUUGACUUGUACGGCAAGUUCGCAGCGCUCAAGCUCGAAAUCAUGAUGAAGAAGUAUCCUGGCCGUGUCUACUCGAAGCCCGAGUUCACCGCUCUCCCACCAUUCAUCUUCUCAGGUGCAGAGUUCGCCCUUAUUCCCAGUCGUGACGAGCCUUUCGGAUUGGUCGCUGUCGAGUUCGGCCGCAAAGGUGCUCUCGGUGUUGGCUCACGCGUCGGAGGUCUUGGACAGAUGCCUGGUUGGUGGUACACUAUCGAGUCCCAAACCACCAAGCAUCAGAUGCACCAGUUCAAGAUGGCUAUCGAUGGCGCUUUGAAGUCAAACUAUCAGACCAGAGCAAUUAUGCGCGCCAGAAGUAGCGUGCAGAGAUUCCCUGUCGCUCAGUGGAAGGAAGACCUUGAGAUCUUGCAGACCAAGUCUAUUAAGAUUCACAACAAGCGUGUUGAGAAGAAGCAGCGUAACGGUGGCAUGUCUGUUGCCACAACUCCUUUCGGCAGUGGCUACAACACCCCUAACAUGCCUGGCUGGAUGACUCCUAGNUGGAUGGGGCACUCCUGGCGCCGGUACGCCAUGGGGCAGAGGCACACCCAACCCAUCCAGACCUUCUUCCCCACUCGCCCAGGAAACACUGCAGAAUCUUCGCCAACAACGUCUCGCAACAACUCGCUGUCUCUUGGCACUCGCGCAGGUCCCGGCCACGUUCAAACCAGGGCUCGCAGCUUCUCCGGCUCUCGUCCUACACUCUCUCGAAGAAACUCGACUGAAGUCGGUCAGGGCAGAAACCGCCUUUCAAUGAUUGCAGACGAGGAAGUAGGCAUCUCCAGCGAAGAGGCACAGCAAGCUAAAGAGCAAGCACAAGCAGAGGCCCGUUCUGGCUUCCCCUUCUUGGCUCAAGAUCCAUUCGGUAUCAACAGCCCUUAUAUUCUCUCGCCCGCCGCAACACCUGGAAUGGCCAGCCCUUCUGCCUCGUCGCCGUUUUUGCCAUUCCAUUCUCCCUUGGGCCGAUUAGCUAACGUAGAGUCUACUCUGACUGUCGACAAGGUUAUCGAGCAGAAGGAAGACAAAACACCUCAGGAUCUGCUACCGUUCUUUACUGACUCCACUGGCUUAUACUACCGCACCUUCGAACGCAAGCUUGAAGAUCUCACCGGUAAGAAUUCAGAAUCUGCCUUGUGUAUCGAGGAGUACCUCGAAAAGUCUGAGAAGCAGUGGUUCAACCGCAUGCAUGAUGUCAAGAUGGCUAGGGAGACCCCUGCAGCCACUCGUGCCAACUCACCCACUGGUCAGGUCUUCAGCACCAAUAUCGAUCCCGAGAAAGAGACCUCCGAUCAGUUCUUACUGCCCCAAGACUAUCAAGCUCCUACAGGUGUCCGUCGUAUGAUGAUGUACAAGGUUGGAGACUGGCCCAUCUACUCUUUCUUCCUUGCACUUGGUCAGAUCAUUGCUGCAAACAGCUACCAGAUCACUCUGCUUACUGGAGAAAUUGGUGAGAGUGCAAGCAAGUUGUACGUCGUGGCUUGCAUCUACCUCGCUGCUUCGUUGGUCUGGUGGUUUGCCUUCCGUCGUUUUGCAUUGAUUUACACAAUGGCACUCCCAUGGUUCAUCUAUGGCUUUGCCUUCUUCCUCUUGGGUAUGGCUCCUUAUGCGGCCACCGCCUCUGGACGUGGGUGGGUCCAAAACGUCGCUACUGGAUUUUACUCGUUUGCGAGUGCUGCUGGGUCUUUCUUCUUCGCACAAAACUUUGGUAGCACUGGCUCUGCACCUGUCAAGACCUGGGGCUUCCGUGCUUGUAUGAUUCAAGGAACUCAGCAACUUUACAUCGUCGGUCUAUGGUACUGGGGUGACAAACUUUCGGCACUUAGCGACAGUGGCAAAGGUGCAUCUACUUUGGUAACCUAUGGUUCUACCAUGACAGCCAUUGGUGUGCCAAUUGCCCUGUUCCUCUGGGCUAUCGGUAUCCUCCUUUGGCUUGGCUUACCCGCAUUCUACCGUCAAGCGCCUGGUGCAGUACCCUCCUUCUACACCGCCGUCAUGAGACGUAAGGUUAUUGUCUGGUUCUUCGUUGCUGUGUUUGUCCAGAACUACUUCCUCGCUUCCAUCUACGGUCGCAACUGGAAGUACCUUUGGAGCUCCAAGCACGCACCUGGCUGGGCCAUCUUCCUGUUGAUUGUUCUGUUCUUUGUUGUCAUCUGGGCUUUGUUGCUAUGGUGGUUCUCGCAACUGAGUACCACGCAUUCCUGGUUCAUUCCCAUAUUUGCCAUUGGUCUCGGCGCUCCUAGAUGGUGUCAGAUCUUGUGGAGCUGCAGCAACAUUGGCAUGUACUUGCCAUGGGCUGGUAGCCCUAUGGCCUCGGCACUUCUGGGUCGUGGUCUAUGGCUUUGGCUCGGUGUACUCGACUCUGUCCAAGGUAUCGGUUUCGGCAUGAUCUUGCUGCAAACAUUGACUCGCUUCCACAUCACCUUCACCCUCGUGGCCGCACAAGUCAUCGGGUCCGUCGCGACUAUCUUGUCCAGAGCCACAGCGCCAGAUGCCACAGGCCCCGGCGACGUAUUCCCUGACUUUUCGGUCAACUGGAAAGACGGUCUCGCCAGUGCAGACUUCUGGAUCUGUCUGAUCUUCCAACUGUGCAUUUGUGUUGGAUUCUUUACUUUCUUCCGCAAAGAGCAGCUUUCCAAGCCUUGA